AUGCAACAAAGCAAUUUUUUCCAUUAUCGCAUUACCUUCAUCCAUGACGGGCUCUAUUUCAUCUUUAAAGUGAGGUUUUUGUUAAGACAAGCCGUGGUUAAGAUUGUUAAAUCUGAUUCGCAAACAAACACUCCUCGAAUGACGAAUUAUCACGAAUGUAAAAUGAUCUCUAAUCAAAUAAGAAGAACACUUGAUAUGAUGUUUGACUGUUUUGAGACAAAACUUAGAUUUGAACAGCAUGAAUCCAACAGAGGAGUGAUUGAUAUGUGUACAUUAUGCGAGCGUCAGAUUUCCAAUCGCCAUAGAAGUUAUCUCGCUCUUCAUUUUACAACGAAAAGAGUUUUUUCUUCAAAUGCUCAAAAUAUUUUCGCUUAG